GAAUAAAGACAACAAUCAGCUGAUUGGAUUGAUAAAAACAUGAUCUGUGAUGAAAACUAAAAUGUUAUCACUACAUACAUUUAUAAAUAAACAUUAAUGUUUCCUAAAUGUAUGAAUAGAUAAAACUUAAACUUUCAAAUAUGGAAUUUGGGUGUUGGUACUUUCUCAUUUUUAACUUAUCCUUAGUACUUAUACAUUAUGCUACAGGCACUUUACAUAAAAAUAUAAAAUAUUAUGAGACUAUCCAUUCCGAUCAACUAACCCAUAAACUAGUCAAGAGGGGUGUCAAGGAAAGUACUCACCCAUACAAUCAUAUAAAGGAGGUUAACUUACGAACUCACGGAAGAGAUUUUCGGUUGAUUCUUUCACCAAAACGAGACAUUUUGCAUUCCAAUUUUAAAGCAUAUGCUGUAGACGGCGAUGGCAAGGAAACAAGUGUUCAUAUAAAUCGUGAUGAUUUCUACCAUGGAAGAAUGUUUGGAGAAACAGAUUCACAUGUUAGUAUGCACAUGGACGAUGGUAUGUUAACUGGCAGCAUACAUCUACCAGAUGAGACAUUUCAUAUAGAACCGUCUUGGAGACAUUUACCUAAUUUUAAUAAUCGUACGAUGAUUGUUUACAAACAAUCUGAUAUUAAAUUUAGUUGGGACUCCCAUGAAUCUCCUGAACACCAACCGAGACACAAGGUUUGUGAUUAUGUGAAAGAAGGUGCUGAACUAGAGAGUGACGAAGAUAUUGUAGAUGAAGAGAUUGGGGAGCAUGUAAGGGAAAAGAGACAGAUCGACCAAUAUGAGUACACUCCAACCAAGACUCGAUGUCCACUGCUACUUGUUGCUGAUUACAGAUUUUUCCAAGAAAUGGGUGGGAGUAAUACUAAAACCACUAUAAAUUAUUUAAUUAGUCUAAUUGAUCGUGUUCACAAAAUAUAUAAUGACACAAGCUGGCAAGAUCGGCAGGAAGUGGAUGGUUUUAAAGGUAUGGGAUUUGUAAUUAAGAAAAUUGUUGUUCACAGUGAUCCUACUCGAAUAAAAUCCGGUGAAGCUCACUAUAAUAUGUUUAGAGACAAAUGGGAUGUCAGAAAUUUGCUAGAGGCUUUUUCUAGAAAUAAAGACAAUGCGGGAUAUUGUUUAGCACAUUUAUUCACGCACCAAACAUUUAAAACUAGAAAUUCUGUUGUCCUUGGCUUGGCGUAUAUUGCAUCUUCUAGAUUGAAUACCAGAGGAGGCAUUUGUAGCAAGGAGUACUUUAAAAAUGGCUAUACUUUGUACUUAAACUCUGGUCUUAGCUCCAGUAGAAAUCACUACGGCCAAAGAGUUAUUACUAGAGAAGCAGAUUUGGUAACUGCCCACGAAUUUGGACAUAACUGGGGAUCAGAACACGACCCCGAUAUUCCAGAAUGUUCUCCGAGUGCUAGUCAAGGGGGCUCUUAUCUUAUGUAUACCUAUAGUGUUAGCGGAUACGAUGUAAAUAAUAAAAAAUUUUCCCCAUGUAGUUUAAGAUCUAUCAGAAAGGUGCUGCAGGCUAAAUCUGGCAAGUGCUUCUCAGAACCGGAAGAAAGUUUCUGUGGUAAUCUAAGAGUUGAAGGGGAUGAAGAAUGCGAUGCUGGUCUAUUAGGAACCGAAGACAAUGACGCGUGCUGUGAUAAGGAUUGUAAACUAAGAUCAAAGGCUAUGUGCAGCGAUAAAAAUUCACCUUGCUGUCAGAAUUGUCAAUUCAUGCGCAACGGCGUCAAAUGCAGGGAUGCACAGUACGCUACAUGUGAACAGGAGUCGAGAUGCACUGGACAACAGGCGGAAUGUCCCAAAAGUCCGCCCAUGGCAGAUGGAACAGAUUGUCAAGAGAGGGGUAAAUGUAGAAAUGGUAAAUGCAUACCCUUCUGCGAAACUCAGGGCAUGCAGAGCUGCAUGUGUGAUGUCAUUGAAAACGCGUGUAAGAGAUGUUGCCGAUCAAGCAUUAAUGAGACGUGUUCUCCAGUUGAUUCAGCUGAUAUUUUGGCCGAUGGAACUCCAUGCAUUCAAGGGUUCUGCAAUAAUGGUCACUGCGAAAAGACAGUUCAAGAUGUAGUUGAGCGUUUCUGGGACAUAAUAGAAGAUAUCAACAUCAACAAAGUCUUAUUAUUUUUAAGGGACAAUAUUGUGGGCACGGUCGUACUAGUAACUGCUUUGUUGUGGAUUCCUGCUAGUUGCGUCAUCAGUUACUUCGACAGGAAACGUCGAAGGGAAGAGUUGAACAGGUGGGAGUGGCGGCACGACAGGAAUCUCGUACAUAGCUCUGAUGGUACAAAGAAAGUGAUACGUUUGAAUAUGCCUAGAUCUAGAAACGUUCAGCAAGUACAGACCAAUCGAUCGAUGGCUACCGAAUAAGAUUGCUGGUGUAGGAGAUUUUAUUUAUUACAGAAAAAUUUAUUUACUGUUCAAAUCUCGAUAGAACUUUCAAUUGAUUUUAUGUUUUAAUCUGUUGUUCUAUUCAAGAAUGAUGUAUUUUAUGCCAUGACUAGACUUUUUGGUUUUCUGAUCUAGAGUGUAUGGUUCUGUUCUUCUCUUUCUUCAUUUGUUUCAUGCCAAACGAUGAUUAAUAUACCGAAGGGGACAGAGCAGUACUACUUCAUGAACGUUAUUGAGCCUACAUACACGCACAUUAACUUUGAAUUACUUCUGCUAAACUUUAAUAUCAAGUUGAUAUCCUGGAGAGUGGAAAAUUUCUUAAAUUAUCCUGAGUCACGGUAUACUUUGUCUUGUAUAGUCCAUCUGACUUCUGAUCCCUCUAAUAACGAGUGUGCUUCUUGACCCACUUCCUUAACUUGUAUUGAUAAAAUACUUGUAUUUAUCUUUCGAAACUUAGUCUUCUCUAGAAAUAACCUUCCAAAAGUCUUGAUAGUUUAGUGCAGUACUAUAUCCGAGAAAAGUUUCGAAAUAUAGUGUAAAAUGUUUAAAAAUUAUUGCCCUAGUAAUCCAGGCGGUAUCUGUAUAAAAAUAACCAUUUUUGGGUGUGAAGUGUGAACAGUUUUUUGCAUAAAUCACUCCAAAAUUUCACUAUAAAUGAUAAUUUCAUUAGGUAAAAUAUGGGCUUAACUUUUGAUUAAACAAAAUAUGAACAAAAUUUUUAAAAAAUCGAUAUUUUUCCUUCUUUUUUCGCAUAUGUAUUAAGAACUAUUAGUUUUGUAUCAGACAUAAAAAUUUUGUAUAAUUGAAGGGCUUAAUGUGAAACAAUGACAGGUCUCAAAAACGUAAAAGUGAGAUAUUAGACUCUGAAUGUUAAAAAUAUAAAAUCCGGUAACAACUUCUGUUGUUUUAGUUUAGAUAUCUCGAUGCAUCAUGCCCUAUGGAACUAUGUUUACAACAAUAUUAAUAAAAUUACUCCAAACUUGAG